AUGAGUGGUGUGUCUGCCGGGCCGCCUACGCCUACGGGCCGAGCGAGGGCGAAUACGUAUAGCAUUAGCAAGGUCGAGGAUACAAAAAUAUGUGUCGUCAUGGUCGGCCUGCCUGCCAGAGGCAAAAGCUAUAUUGCACAGAUUGCCCAGCGCUACCUCCAGUGGCUGUCUAUCCCGGCCCAGACCUUCAACGUCGGCAACUACCGACGCAGCGACGCGCCCCAUCCCACCGCCGACUUUUUCGACUUCAACAAUGCAGAGGGUGAGCGCACGCGCCGCGCCGCCGCCGAGGCGGCCGUCGCCGACAUGCUGCGCUGGUUCCGCUCCGGCGGCGUCGUCGGCAUUCUCGAUGCCACCAAUUCAACAAAGGACCGCCGCAAAUGGGUUCAUGAGAUCUGCGAGGCCAAUGGCAUCGAAGUCCUCUUCGUAGAGAGCCUCUGCGACAAGGAAGAGGUCAUCAUGGCCAACAUCCUCGAUGUCAAGACUAGCAGCCCCGAUUACAAGGACCAGGACCCGGAAGAGGCUGCAAACGACUUUCGCAGGCGCAUCAGCCAGUAUGAGAAAGUCUACAAGACGAUCGACGGUGACGGCGACGAGGGCGACUAUACAUAUCUCAAAAUCAUGAACAUUGGCAAGCAGGUCAUCAUAAACCGCAUUCAAGACUACCUGCAGAGUCGCAUUGUAUACUACCUCAUGAACUUGCACAUCCGUCCACGCUCAGUCUGGCUUUCCCGACAUGGUGAAUCACUGUACAACCUCGAUGGUCGAAUCGGCGGCGAUACAAUGCUCUCGCCCCGAGGCGAGCUGUAUGCAAAGAAGCUACCCGAACUAGUUCGCGAGUCUGUUGGAGAUGACCGCCCCCUGACCGUCUGGACAUCGACACUGAAGCGCACCAUUUCUACUUCCCGCUGGCUGCCCCCACACUACAACCAGCUGCAGUGGAAGGCCCUUGACGAGCUAGACUCGGGCGUCUGCGACGGCCUCACCUACCAGGAGAUCAAGGACAGCUACCCAGAAGACUUUGUCGCCCGCGACGACGACAAGUACAAUUACCGCUAUCCGGCCGGCGAGUCGUAUCGCGACGUUGUCAUCCGCCUCGAGCCCAUCAUCAUGGAGCUCGAGCGCAGCGAGGACAUUCUCAUCGUCACCCAUCAGGCAGUUCUGCGCUGCAUCUAUGCGUACUUUAUGAAGAAGGACCAGGCCAAGAGCCCAUGGAUGAACGUGCCCCUACAUACCCUCAUCAAGCUGACGCCCCGCGCGUACGGCACCGAGGAGAUUCGUUACGAGGCCAACAUUCCCGCCGUCAGCACCUGGCGCGGCAAGGGAAGCACAGCCAAGCACGAGGCCCCCACGGGGGAUACCAUGUAA